UGGGCAGACAGAACGGAGAGGAUCCUCGGGGUGCCCUGGCCAGGAUGAGACGGGGGAGGGGCUCUCUAAACAGGCACUGGAGAAUUGGAUGAUUGGUGGCGCAGGGGGGUUGCGAGGAGUCGCUACUUGGGCAGGUGGGGGAAUAACCACUUAGCUCUGCUUCAUAGGAGAUUGUGGGGCAAAGGUAGAAAGGAUGACAUGGAAGGAUCAGUUGAGAAAACUGGGGAUGGUUAACCUGAAGGAGAGGAGAUUUGGGGAGGGGGCGGCAUGGCCUAACCACUGUCUUCAGAGGGGCUCCAGGGAUGGAUUAGUCUCACUGUGUGCCUCCCUCCAGAGGGCAGAGCUAGGACAAAUGGGGGGAAUUGGCAGGGAGGGGGAUUUCAGCUGAAGAUAAGCAAGAACUGGAAGCAGCAGAGCCUGGCUUGCCUGCUGUUUGAGACGCUCUGGGGUCCAUGCCUGUCGAGUGCUCCAGUUCCCUAAAAGUCGCCUUGGCUCAGCUCUGGGACCAGAGGAGGGGAGGGGAGGCUGCCUUUGUGGAAGUCGCCUGUUCUCCAGAGUGAAGCGUGAGCUUGGAGCCACCAAAGGCAGGCAGGGAACUUGGCGGGGCUCCAUUCCUGACCCCAAAUUGGCACCAUGGCCCUUGGGGGGUAGCUGGGACUCAGCCCUGGUCUCCGAUCUCCUGGGGGUGGGGCGGGUGGCUCUCGCUCUCCUCCACGCAGAUAGCCAUGUGCUUUGAAGCCCUUCUUUGCUCAGUCAGUUCUCUGCUUCCUCUUGGUGCCAUUGCUCCAUCCUGGCCUCUGAAAAGGAGAGAGCUGGAGUUUCCCAUGCUCCAGGAAGGGGCUCAGGGGGCCCAGGCCUUCUCUCCCUCCCGCCUCUCCCCCUCCCUGCUACUGCCACUGCUGGCAUGCUGGGCAGGCAGCUCCUUCUGGAGCUGGAAUUGCCAUCUUCUGCAAACAGGCAGUCUGGAGGAGGGGAGCAGCAGGGAGCUUUCCUGCUCCUGGGACCUUCCUCUCCAUUCCCCCCUGGGGGUUGUGGGAACAGCGAGAGCCCUAGCUAUCAGCUAGAGAGCAGUGCAGGGACCACAAAGUAUGUGGCCCCCACCUGGCCUGGCACAGCCCUGGAGCUUCCCGGUGGCCCUCUGAGAUAGGAAUCUCUUCUUGACAGCCAUGAAUGAUGUGAGCUCAGUGCUCGUUGGCUCAUUUGGUCCCGAGAAACAAGGGCUCUUACCACCUCCAUUUUAGAGAGGGAACCCUGCCACAGAGCAGCCCAGUGACUUGCCUGGGGUCCCUCAGCCCCAAAGUGCCCAAGCUGGAGCUCAGCUCAGCUCAGAACCAAGCCAGAUCCUCCAUCAUUGCCCAGAGUCGGGGCUGGAAGAGCAGAGCUGAAGCUGUGAGCCAUUCACAAUGUGCACCCAGCUCUUGGGAGGGCCUUUGGACCACAACCUGAGAGACAAGCAAACUCCGGGGAAAGGCCGAAGCUGAAGCCAGGCGGGAGCACACACACCCUCCCUUUCUCAGGAUUAGGGUCUCAGUGAAACACACAGCCGAGGCCUUCCUUCUCCAGAUGCCAGAGCAGCCUUUGGGCAGAAUCAAAGGACCCUCCUGUGGGGUCUGUCAGCUUCUGCCUCAUCCUCAAUCUCCCUUCAAAUCCCACUGCUCUCUAGCAUUUCCUUUGGAGCAGCUGGAGUUCUGAGCCUGCGGCUGACAGACUGUUGGAUGUCCUUUGUACCAGGCUGCUGGGAAAGAAGUCUCCAGCUGUUUCCAGCUGCAGCUCACCCCGCCUGGCCUGGCCUGUUCUGGCACUCAGUAUCGCUAAAAUGAAAAAGGCCUUGGCCAAAAUGGCCUCUGUGCCUCUCUUGUCUUCUCUGUCGCCCCGUUACAACUGCUAUCAGCCUCCUGUUUAGGCUUUUGGCCUGGCACCAAGUACCCCCGGAACUGGGAACCUCUUCGAUUUGAGCCAAGAUGGGAUGGGCAUGAGGAGAACAGAGAGUCAUGUUGAAGGCAGGUUGGCACGUGGCAAAGCAAAGCAUAUGAAAUACCUCUGAGUAAAACCGGAACUAGGUGGGGAAGAUGGGGCUCGGGCCCAGGACUCUGAAAAUGAGAAGUUGCCAGCACCGUUUAUAUUCCUUCACCAGGUAGAAAUGGCCAAGCCCGGCAACAGGUUGGCAAAGAUGAUCAUUUAAAAUGGGAAGCUGCCAGACUCUGCACUUCCCUCUCUCUCUUCCCUCCCCUUCCUCAUACCCAGCCAGAGCCCAAGGAAGCUCCACCCCAGCCAGGCCCCACCCUGUCCCUGCUUCUCUCCCUCCACAGAUGAAUUUGUCCUAAAACAUCGAUCUGGGGAGCACUGUGGGUGCUGAGACUGCCUGCCAGUUCUGGCUCUGUCCGUGUGUUCACUCGAGUUUGUGGUAAAAUCUUAACGUCGACCUUAAGCAGCAAUGCCCCUGGGACAUAGAGUUGCCUUAGCAACAGACCAGAUGACAUCUACUGUCUGACAUAGCUCUUGGCCUUCCUUUGAGCCCCCUAGUGAUAAGACCUGGGGCUGUCAGACUCUUUGGAGGUCAUCAACUGCAGCCCAGAGAGGGUGGGUAGCAAAUGGAGCCAAGGCUCCCACCACCCUCUGGCUCCUGUGCUCUUUGCCCCGAAAGUCUGCCCUAGAAGUACUGCCAGACCAGUUUUUCUCCACACCACCAGUCUUGGCACUCCCCUGCUUCGAUAUCUAUGGCACUCCCUCCUAUUUUCUACUGGAAAAAGCAGGAACUCCCCUGCUUGGUUUUCAAGAUGAGCCACCCUCCUGAGCCACCUCCCCGACAACUUUCCCUAGGGCUCUUUCCCAAGCUAAAUUCUCCUCCAGCCAGGCUCCUUUGGCAAUCACAUCUGAUCAUGUCAUUCUCCUGCUCUAUAUACUUCAAUGGCUCCCAGUGACCUCUAAGAUCAAUUAGAAAUUUCAUUUGCUACCUGAUCUCUCCCUAUUUCUCUUGCCUUGCUAGACAUCACUCACCUUCACGAACACCCCAGGUGUGCCGGACAGACUGGCCUUUGGAUUGCUUGAGCAUCACACCUGGCACACUGUCUCAGUGGUCAGACAGCAGCGACACUCCUUCCUCACCUUCCCCAGUCUUCCUGAUCCUUCAGCUGUUAGUGUCUCCCUCCUCUCUCCCCCUACAAAUUCCCAUAUGUCAAGUUCUAGUUUGUCCAUGUGUGUAUUUGAACAAGCCCCGUCCCCUCUCCAGACAAUAACUUCCCGAAGGCAGAGGUGGUUGGGCUUUUAUCUCUGUAUGUCCAGCACCCAGAACAGGGCCGGGCAUGUAGUAGGGGCCUAAUAAAUACUUGUUGAGAGGUGUUUGGCGAUUGCACUCAUCGCUGUCUUCCCACUAGGCCAUUGCCAUCUCAUCUCUGUCUCUGCUCAUUGGAGAAUUCGCCAUACUUGGCAACCUCGGGGAAAGUCAUGUGCAAACCACAUUCAGUUGUUGGAGAAGGAAGCCAGUGAGCUUUCAAAACUUGUUGAUAAUAUGCUCAUCUGGAAAGGUCUUGGAGUCAGAAGGCCCGAGUUUGAGUUCUGACCCUGACAGUUAGUUUCCUUACUGUGUGACCAUAAGGCAGUGACCCUUUACCUCGGGGAGCCUGUUUCUUCAUUUGUGAAAUGGGGAAGAUAAUCAUGGCCCACAAAGAGUCCCAGGAGGGAAUUCCAAGCUUGUCUGGUCCAAGAUCUUCUAUGGAGGAGGAAAUUAAGACUCACAGAAGAAGGGCCUGGGUUGGAGGGAAAUGCAGCUGCUCCUUCCUUAACCUGUUAUCCCUUGUUUCUAAGUGUGAUGCAGUUCUGACAAUCUGAAGGAUGAGACCAAAUAUGCUCACCGUUGCUGUCUACCACAGGGCAGGCUGUGGGGCAUCAAAGGCAAAGCAUCUCAUAGCAAAAUGGAGUCUCCUACUGGGUCUCCAGCUGGGAAACAUUGGCUAAUGGAGCUCUCUGUGCUCAUUUCCAUCAAGCUAGAAGCAGUGUGGUAUAGUAGUGGAAUGUAGUAAGGGAAAGUCAGAAGGCUUGGGCCUUCCAAGACAUUCACUCACUGGAUGAUCUCAGUUAAGUCCCUUCUCUAUGCACCUUCCUUAGCUCUCCUGCCAAUGAAGAGUUUGAACUAGCCAGCCUCUUGGGUACCUUCCAGCUCUCCCAUUGGGUGCACCUAGGACUUUCUUUUCCUUCCUUCCUUCCUUCCUUCCUUCCUUCCUUCCUUCCUUCCUUCCUUCCUUCCUUCCUUCCUUCCAUCCAAUUUUUGGUAUCUAAGUUUGUAGUAGAAUGAUGGUCUCUAUAUAGUAGGCCCUCCUAGGGUUGUCAUCAGGACCAAAUGGAAAGCACUUUGCCCACCUCAGAGAGUUAUAAAAAUGCUCACCACCAUAAUCAGAUUGGACAAACCAGUUAUUAAACACAUACUGUAGCCCAUGGUGCUUUCUUCUGUAUCCCAAGCCUACUCUUCCUUCCCAGCUCAGGCACCAUAUCUUCCAUGAAGCCUUUUCAAAUUUCCCCCAGUCUAGUGAUCCCGCCUAUAGUCAGUGAUCUAGAAUAUUGUGUCUCAAAUGUUGCCAGUGGUAGAACCCUUUGGUUUAAACAAAUCUUUGGCAGAACCCUUGUAGUCAAGUCUUCUAAAAUUAUUUUUAACACCCAUGAACAAACAACAUGAGGUUCAUUGAAAAAAAUAAUCAGGGGUGCAUCGGGGUCCCAUGUAGCACAGUUUGAGAAACGCCAGUUUAGAGGAAUCCUCCCCAGAGAACCCCUAGGAAUGUUCAGAUAGUCUCCUAUCAAAGGCCUUCAGAGGUAGAGUGCUUUUAAAGAGCUUUCAUUGUUAGGAGAUUGCCCUCUCCCUCUGCUCUGAGCCAAAACCUGCUUGUGUGACACAAUUUCAUGUAAGUUUUAUCUCCUGAACUAAACUGUAAACAUGCCCUAUGACACGUUGCAUGGCACUGGAUACAUUGGUAAUACUCAGUGUAUACCUAAUGCAUGAUUGACUUCUGCUGGUUCUCAUGUUGCCUAUAACAAUAGGAGAGCACUUCUCAUCUAGAACAGAUCAGCAUCCAUCCAUCCAUCCAUCCAUCCAUCCAUCCAUCCAUCCAGGCAUUUGUUCAUCCAUUGUCAUGGAAUUUCAGUGUUGGUACUUCAUAAUAUAACAUGUACCCAAGUAGGAAUCUCUGUCUCUGCCUUUGUCUCUAUCUCUUUCUAUUUUACACACACACACACACACACACACACGCACACACACGAAUUAGAGUUCUACCUCUAAUCUUGCUUCACAAGGCAGCCCAUUUCAUAGUGAGACAAAUCUGUGAUUCCCUUUUUUCUGAAUUACUUUAUGAUUUGUUUAUACUUAAAUUAAUGUUCCAAUUAGAGGUUAUUGUGGUCAGCAAUAUGAAAUAUGGCUCCCAAUCCCUUUCUUGCCAUCCAGCCAUCCAAUAUUCUCAAAUUUGUGUGGAGACGGAUGGAUGGAUGGAUGGAUGGAUGGAUGGAUGUCAUAUUUUUAUACAGGUUUUUUCAAUUAAAUUGUUUUGUAUGUAAAAAGACCCCAAGGUUUUUUUCCACUAAAUCAAAGAAUAAUUUCCUUCUCGUUGUUGUUCAGACACUGACUCUUUCUAAAGUACGUUGGAUUCUGUUUCUGGGUUUUCUAGUCUAUCCCACUGAUCUCUUUCACUCUUCUUUGUCAAGUAUAUGACAGUGUACUUACAUUCCAAAUGAUGAUUUUAUAUUCAUUUUGAAGCCUGGCAGUGCUCAUCAUCCUUCCCUGUUUUUUUAUAAUUAUUAAUAUUUUUGCUCAUCUGCCCUUUUGUGCAAAUUCGGAUUGGUAUCUCAUUAACUCUGUCGUUAUCAUUAAAUUAAAACCUGUAUCUCCAUAAAUGACUUUGGGAGUUCCUGACCUUUUUAUUAUAUUUGCUUAACUUAACCAUGAACCAGGAGCAGCCAAUCCCAUUUGCUCAGCUUUCCGUAGAUUUCUGUAAAUAUUAUUUUGAGGUCAUCUUUAAGUAGGCCUCAAUAGGUUAGGGCCCAAAUAUUUGUUCACUUUUUCCAUUAUGGUGAGAUAAUAGAUGUAGAACUGGAAGAGACCUUAAAGGUCAUCUAGUCCAACUCCCUCAUUUUACAGAUGAAGGAAUUGAGACCCUAGGGAUGCAGUGACUUGGCCAAAGGCCAGCAGAUCUGGAAUUUGAACCCAGCUCCUCAGACUGCAAACCCUGAAUUCUUCCCAUUGUGUCCCACUGCUUCUCCUGAGGGAUGUUCGUCCUUCUACCACCAGUUUCUCUUGAUUCUUGAAAUUCAGAUGAUUUUCUCGGGUUUAUCUUGUGACAUCUACCAAAGCUUAGUUCCUUUAUUAAUUUUUCUGUCGACUCUCUGGAGUGCAGGGAGUAGAUGUGUCUGUUUUUUGUACCUUGUUUUAAUCGCAAUAUUUCUCUGUUCUAGCUGACAUUAACUCUUGGUCUUCUUUUGGAACCCUAACAAGGAAGGACACUUCUAAUAUUUUAAUGUCUUUUUCUGAACGUAAAUGAAGGCCCUGUUUUUCAAAGACUUUCUCUGUUCCCAGAGAUACAAUCCCAGUGCUUCUUUUUCUCUCUCAUUGACAUGAUUUACGAUAUUGAUUCUUUUCCUGGAAUUCUCCCAUCCCCACAUUCCAGUUCGAAUGCCUCCUUGGCGGUGAAGGAUGAUUUCUAUUUCUAGCCGGCUCUAUUGCUGGAUUCGAUUUGCAAGUAUUGCAUUUGAUAUCUGGGUGCUGGAGCUUCACCGACCAUAUUGGCGGUGACGGCGGUGGCAGCAUGUAGCUUUUUCUCAGCUUUGGCUUUGCACGGGUCCAGUAGGAUUGCCUUGUGUAACUCACUGCCUUUGCAGGACGGCUCCAUAACGGCCUGCCUGAUUCCACCUUCUGAGAUCAGUCUCGUCAGCUCGCCUCCUUUGUUUUCGUCAUGCUUUUCUAAGUAAUGGUCUGUUUCUUUUAGAAGCUCACGUUUUUCUUGGCACGGAGCUGUGGACAGUCAUCUUGGAUGGCCCUCGUGAUUUCUUUUGCUCUCCCUUCUCGUUUCAAAUUUAGUGAUUGGAGAGUGCUCUCAUCCUUUUAGAACGGGAUUUAGCCGCUGCUUUAGCAAUGUUCUUUAAAAGCCCUCUCUUGAAUUUGUUGCGCGUCUUGGGGACAAUUGAACAUCACAAAUGACCGUGGUAGGUUUUCUCUUUCUGGUGGUUUUUCCAAGUUCUUUAGGGGCAAGGAUUGUUUUGUAUUGGAGGGAAACAGUCUAACUGGAGCCAGGCGAUCCUCCAGGGGAGAUGUGGAAAGAAAACUAGAAAGGUAGGCUAGGGGCAGCAGAGUUUGGAACUUGUCCUCUAAGCAAUGAGGAGUCACUGAGGCUUUUGAGCAGUACGCUGACAUGGUCCCAGAUGUACUUUUUUUUAACCCUUCCCUUCCAUCUCAGAAUCAAUACUGCAUAUUGGUUCCAAGGCAGAAGAGUGCUAAGGGCUAGGCAGUGGGGGUCAAAUGACCUGUCCAGGGUCACCCAGCUGGGAAGGGUCUGAGGCCAGAUUGGAACCCAGGACCUCCCAUCUCUAGGCCUGGCUCUCCAUCCACUGAACCAUCCAGCUGCCUCCUUAGGUAUGCUUUUAAGAAAAUUAAUCUGAAGUUGAGAAACAACAAGGUAGAGUGGAAGAGAGAGAGGAGCAGCUGUAGAGUUAGGAAGACUGGGGUUCAGGUUCUGCCUCUGGAACAAUUUGUUGUUUGACUUUGGACAAGUUACUUAACCCUGCCAAGUGCCUGCAGGCAGCCACGAUUACAAAUCACAGACGAUGGCCAUGUUGUGCCCUGUGCAUCAGCAGAGGUAGUUUCCACAUUGGUAUUUCUGUAUACCUCUGAAGUCAUAGUUCUGGACAACAAUAACAACAAGGAGCCAGGGAUGAUUAAUAUCUGGAGUGCAUACAAAAAGCUAGAAACAGAGAGGCACAGUAGACAAGAAUCUGGACCAGGAGACACAAGAUCUGAGUUCGAAUCGUAGCAUAAAUUUUGAGUCGGAAAGGGUCUCAUCUCCCACCCCUUAUUGUACAGAAGAGGCCUAGAGAGGUUAAGCCAAUUGCCCUGGGUCACAGAAGUUGUAAGAGCAGAGACAGGGCUCAGGUCUCUCUGCCCUUCUUUGUCUGUAGAAUGGAACUAGUGAUGCUUGUCCUCUCGCUUCCCUCCCUUCCCAAGGGGGUCAGGAGGAAAGCACUUGGUGAACCCUAAAGCCCUGGGCAAACAUGAGACGCCCUUCUCAUAACAGAGGCCAGAAGCUCUAAGGAGAGAGGAGGGAAGCGGGCAGGGAGCCCUGCUCUAGGCAGGAAGCUUGCAAUGAAAUCAUCUGAGCACAAGAGCCAAGAGCUAUGUGAAGUUGAGCCCCUGGCCGUGUUUGUCCAGUACCUGGCCUGAGUCCUGUCCAGGCCUGGGCCCUGGGUUGCAUCAUCCACCCUAGCUGUCCGCAUCCUGGUCCCAACUCUGGAGGGCUCUCCAUUUGUGGCGGCACCUGGGCAUGAGUUUAUUUUUGUCUGUGGCCUCAAGAGGCGGGGCAUGCUGUGCCUCCUGUCCCCAUGCCCAGGACCAGCUGGGUUCUCUUCUGUUGAGGCCUGCAGGCAGCCCCAUUAUUUCCUCACAUUCCUGGGCAUAGGGCCCAACAUGGUGGCCAGUUGGCCAUACAGUUACCAAAUGUUUACGAAAACCUUACAAUGCAGUCAAGUUUUUGUUGGCCUUCUUUCCCUCUUUGGCAGGGGUGGGGACGGAGGAGAAGAGGAGCCAUGGGCUCCAAAAGGCUUUGCUGAAUUCCGACACGAAAUGAAUAGAUCUCAAGAGAAGCUCCUGGCUAGCCUGGGAGUUUGGUGCCGUCAUCCUCCCUGACGCUGGCCUCCUUGGCCACACUAGCUAGGACCAUGAGCCCAGCCCUUGAUCCCAGGGAUUCAGGAAUCUUAGGCUAACACUGUGCCUAAGCCUCUACUAUCUACCGAUGUACCAAGGAGAGAGAGCUUAACGUGGCCCAGCCCUCAAUCCCCGCCUUGGCGUCUCAAGGGCACCUUAGCAUGGCCAAACAAUUCAGUUUGCCUCUUCGGCAGUCCCAAUGGGGGGUGGGGGGGAAACACACAGACUCUCUUGUUUAUUGUCCUUGUUAUUUCCCACAGGCUGAACUAUACAGUAGGUGCCAAAUAAUUGUUUGAUUGCUAUGCUUGGCUCACACUGGCACCUCCAUCAGCAUUGAUCACAUCCUGCACAUCCAUGGAGAAGCCACCCUUUUCACUGGAGCCAUCACUUAAUAUAAGGUCUGACACAGGGAAGGCACCUCUGAAGUGUUUCUGUAGGCAGUGGUGCAUCUAGUGGGCUGUCCAUCUGUCAUCCCUUGCCACGUGACUCGCUCAUUUUUUUUUCUAGAAGACUAAGGGUCCUCACUAGCCAUCUCAUCCAAACUCUUCAUUUUACAGAUGAACAAACUGAGGCAGGGCCAAAAUUUGAACCCAGGUUCUCUGUGUCUUUUCUGCUGCUUCUGUAUAAGCCCUCACUGCUAACAUGCAUCUAUCUUUCCAUUGGCCUUUUGGCCACAGUUUGGGUUCUUCUGUGUUCCCUAAUUUGCAGCCAUCUCCCAUCUCUGGGAGAAUGGAUGCUGGUAGCCAAGAGAGGGGUCUUCGAGGCAUUGAGCAGCUUCCAUGUGACAGUCCUUCAGCCACUGGGGUAGGUCUAUGUGACAUUCCACCUACAUGACACUCCCUCCUAGCUCCGGCUGUGCAUCAGCUCCCCACUCCUAUGCCUCGAAUUCUCUUCUUUCUCAUCUCUGCUCAUUAGAAUCUCUGCUUUCCUUCAAGGCUCAGCUUGGGUCUUCUUGAUUCUCCCCCUUGCCUCCCUUAAGGGAGAUAUUCAGAGAUGAAGAGGAGGAUGUAAAAAUGAAAGAUGUCAGGAGCCCUUUCUCUUUAUUCUGAAGUGCUGCCCAGUUCCUAGAAAACUGUUCAUCCACUUGGUUUUUCCUGUGUGGAUGGCUAGGCUGAUUUCUUUAAAGAGUCAAUGAGUCUUAUUGAGGAGGGCCUGUCAUAUGCUUGAGUCUCAUACCAUAACAGAAUCCUACAGUGUCUCAGAGGCUUUCUUAGAGUCCAGUGCUUAUCUAAGAUCAGAGGAUCAUUGAUUUAUAGAGAGAGGGGGCUUAUAAAAGUGCUUCAUACCAAUCUUCUCAUUUUGUAGAUGGGGAAACUGAGGCACAGAGAAGUUAAGGGACUUACCCAGGUUCACACAGCCAGUAAGCAUCUGAGGUGGAAUUUGAGUCCAGAAUUUCAUUCCAAAUCUGGCACUUUGUACAAGUACCCAGCAGGAAUCAGGAUUCCUUGGACACUCCCAGACAAGUGGUCAACCAGAGUCUGCUCCAGACAUCCAAUUCCACUUUUAAGUAAGUGCCUCUCAUUGUUAGGAAACCUUACCUUGAGCCUAAUGAGCCUCUUUUAGCCUUCUGAGUCCACUAAAACCCCGAGCUCCUUUUCAAAUGAAGAGUUCCCUUGAAACAUCCUCCCGGGCACCACAUCUGGGCAUUUAUUCUCUUCUUGUCUUUUCUUGGAACCCGAGUAUUAGAAUUGGGCUCAGCACAAAGGCAUUUGCAAACAGAAGCAGGUGGGUACCUCUGGGGAGGGAGGGGGCUGUUCAUAGAGAACGAACGGGAAGUCAUGAUAGGGAACCUGACUGGUGGGAAGGGGUUCUGAGGAGGCCAUAGUUCAACGGUUACCUCCAGAAGUGACUAGGAAUGCAGAAACUAACCUCUCAGCACUACCCAGCUGUGCCUUUGCAGUCGGGGGGACCCUGGGGAAAAGUGUCAGUUUACAGGCCCAAUCCAAGGUUAUCCUCAUUCUGAAGGCAUUUUAGAUGAGUGUGUUUGGCAGAAAUAGCUGCCUCCUCCCUCUCUGCAUGGGAAUGUCCAGCCCAGUCCAACUCAACAGACUUCGAGUAGGUCCCUGCCAGGUGCCAAGGAGAUGGAGAGUGAAAUGACUCGAAGAGCAGGGAGUCCCCGAGAAAUACCCCAGGAGGCUGGGGAACGGCAAGAAGCCCAGCUGGAUUGGAAUGUGGAUUACAUGAGGGAGCGUUCCCUCAUUUUUCUCAGCUCCCUGAUACUUCUUGCCCCCUGUUGUUACCUCUGGGCUCUCUCUCCCCCAUCCCUCCUGAUUUGAAGUCCAUGCUAUUCCCAUCUGCCACCCAAACAGAAUCCUGGUUGAUGUUCUCUACAGACCUCCAGCCAACUCCCUUUCCUUCCUUAAUGAGUUCAGUUCCUGGCUCACAAUCUUUUUCUCCACUCCAACUCUAGCCCUCAUACGAAGAGAUGUCAACAUGCAUAGUGGCUCUCCCUCAAACACCCUAACCACUGAGCUCGUCAACCUACUCACCUCCCAUGAGCUACUCCUCCACUCUAGUUCGGCUGCACACAAAGAUGGCCAUGCCAUGGAUCUUGUAUCAUCUGCAAAUGUUCCAUCUCCAUGUUCAAGGAUUCGGAAAUCCCCACAAUCUGUUGGCUUUCCACAUCUCCCUCUGCCUUCUCUUAUCAAGCCCUCCUUGACUCCUAGAGUCCACACCCAGACUCUAAUCCUCGGCGGUCACUUCUCUCCCAGCUAGCCACUCUCUCCUCCCUUCCCUAUCUUGACCUCUUGGCGAACCAGUUCAACUCCACAUCGCCUUUCAUCCCGACUCUCUCACUCCUCUUCAAUCCCUCUUUGCCUCCCACUUCCUUCCCUGCUGCCUACAACUAUGCCCAUGUCUCGCCCAUCCUGAAAAAGCCCUCACUUCAUCUUUCCAUCCUGACUAACCAUCAUCCUAUAUCUCUUCUGCCCUUUGUGGCUAAGCACCUUGCAAAGGCGGUAUAUGACAGGCGCUUCCACUUCCUCUCCUCUCACUCUAUUCUUAACCCCUUACAAUUCAGCUUCUGCCCCAUCAUUCCACAGAAAUUGCUGUCUCCUGAGUUAUGGAUGUUCUCCCAGUAGCCAAACCCAGUCCAUCCUCCAUUCAGCUAUCAAAAUAAUCUUCCUGAAGUGCCGGUCGUCUAUAAAUGUUCGGAAGUAUUGAUAGUGGCUCUUUUUGUCGUGGCAAAGAAUUGGAAAUUGCGGGGAUGCCCAUUAAUGGGGGAAUGACUGAACAAGGUAUAGUGGGCCAUUUGACUGUGAUGGAGGAUUUUUAUUGGGCUAUACAAAGUGACAAGCAGCAUGCUUUCAGAAAAAUGUGGAAAGAUUUCCAUGAACUGAUGUAAAGUGAAGUGAGCAGAACCAGGAGAACAAUGUACACAGUGAUGGCAAUAUUAUACGAUGAUCAGCUAGGAAGGACUUGGCUGUGCUCAGCGAUGCAAUUUGGGAUGAGCGAUGUUCUCUUCCUCCAGAGAAAGAACUGAUGGAGCCUGAGUGUAGAUCGAAGUAGACUUUUUGAACUUUAUUUUGUUGCUGUUGUUUUUCUGGGUUUUCUUUCACAACACAGCUAAUAUGGAAAUAGGUUUGGGAUGAUGGCAUGUGUGUUGUCUGUAUCAAAUUGCUUGCCUUCUCAACGUGGGAGGAGGGAGGGAGAGAAUUUGGAACUCACAAUUUUAAAAAAUGAUUAUUAAAAUUGUUUUUAUAGAUCAUUGGAAAAAAUAAAAUAUUUCAGGGGAAAUUAAGCAGUGAUCUGUCUGUGUCAGCACCUCCUCCCACUCAGUAAACUCUAGUGGCUCCCUAUCACCCCCAGGAGCAAAUACAGAAUCCUGUGGCAUGCAUAGCCCUUCAUAACCUAACCUCCCUUGGCCCCAGCCCCUUUCCAGUCUCUUCACAUCUUACUCCCCUCCAUGUACCCACUCUUCAGGUCCAUAAAACUAGCCCUCUGGCUCUUCCGCAAACAAGACCCUCCAAAUCUCAGCUCUGGCCCUUCUCUCUCCCUGGCCUCCAUUAAGUCCCAACUCAAACCCCGUCUUCUACAGGAAGCCUUCCCCACCCCUCUUAAUUCUGGUGUCUUCCCUCUGUUUGUUAUUUUCUCUGUGGAGCUUAUUUGUGUAGAGUUGUUUACUUCAGAGUUAUUUGGAUAUUGUCCCUCCCCAUUAGACUCCUGGAGGGCAGGGACUGUCUUCUGUCUCUCCUUAUAGCCCUAGUACUCAGCACAGUACCUGGCACAUAGUAGGUGCUUCAUAAAUAAAUGUUUAGCACUGAUCCAGUGGAACCAAUGCCAAACAGAGGAGUUUAUAUGGGAUUGUCAGGGUGAUAGGGAGCCACUGAAUCUUUUCAAGUAGGGGAGUGACACAGGCAAAGUUUUCCUUUAGGAAAAUUCCUUUACCAACUGUGUGGGAGACGGAUCGGAGUGGGAAGAGACAAGGCAGAGACAGCAGCUCUGAGAGCUAGUGAGAGAGCAGAAAAGGCUUGGUUGUUCUUUCCUUGUUAACUUCAUUAUUCCAGGCCUCCAUUUAGGGGAUCCUUUGUUAGGGUCUGGGUUUUUGCCCACCACCAUGGAAGACCAAAAGACAAUGCAAUUAGCAGGAGGGCCAUUUAUUGAACUGAUGUGCACCAGCAGCACACACCAGGGGAGCUCCGCCAUAGAGUUCCAAUUGUAGUCUGGGGAUGCUGGGAUAUAUAUGCCCUCCAGCAUGCAUGGCCCCCCAGUCCCUAUCUGGUACAUACCAUCGUUGGAAUGUUUGCCAGCAUUCAUGGUCCCUAAGCUCUUAACUGGGACUUACUGCUGCUGGGACCUUUGACAUAUUAACUUCCAAGGCCUGGCAGUUCCUGCUCCCUCACCUUCACAGCAUAGAGGCAAACCCAGGCCCUAGAAGACUGCCAGUGGCUCUGAAACUCUGCUAGCCCCGUAGGACUGAGAAAGCUCCGAAUACCACGAGCUUAGCCGUGGGUAGUGUGUGCAUUCUCCAAGGCCUAGUGUAGUAAGGACAGAUAGGCUCAGCACCUUCAGCUUGGGCCUGGGAGAUGAGAGGAUGAAUCUGGCAACCAUGGCAGCCCCUCCAGACCUUUUCCUAAGGUGCAGAGGGGUCAUGAUUUGCCUCAGUGGAGGAGGAGGAUGGCCCCCUACCACGAAGAGCAAAGUCCUGGCCGUGUGAGGCCCCUUGAUACUGGCCUGCUUCUCCUACCCUUUCCCCCUUGGGACCAGAAGGCUAAGCCAGAGACUAUAGGAGUCGGAAGGGAUCUUGGUGGUCCUCUGGCCUGUCCCCAGCCAGAGAAUGCAGCCCAUCGACAGCCUCCCAGGUCCCAAUCGACCAUUCAGUCUUCCCUUGAACUGCUCUCAAAGAAGAGAACUUCUUUGUCUUGGCUUCUCUGGGCGUUGACCUGGACCUCACUCUUGGUGCUGCCUUCCUUCCCGGAGCAAAAUGUCUGCUUUUGUUGCUGGUCUCCACAUCCCCGAGUCUCUCUUCACAGCUUAGCCCAUCUUCUUUUCUCUUCUCCCUUUGCUUUGUCCCUUCUUCUUCAGGGGUUGCAGAGGGUACCUGGGGGGAACCUCAAUCGAGCCGACCAAAGACGUCAGGAGCCAUUGGAGCUAGCCCCUGGGCCAGGCUGUACUGAAGCAGAGGCAAUACCAAGUUGUUUUUGGACCUCAGUCCUUGUCACCAGUGCCUCUUGCCAGUUACCGUGCCUAGAGGAGGUGACGUAAUGGGAACAGGCCCUUAUCAGGGCAGCCUUGUUGGGAACACAUGGGGGGAGGUUGUUGCUGAGAGAGAGGCCUCAGCACUGGGGAGUUGGGAGCCCGUGUGGGUCAGCUUGUGGUCGGCCUCCGUUCUCCAGCAUCCCCUGGCCUGGCACACCUAGGUGAAGGCUGAACCUUUCAGACCGAAGUGUAUCGUGGGCAGAAACUAGGCUUUGCCCUCAGAGUACAGGGAGCCCAGGACACUUCUCACUAGCUUUCCCCUUCCUUCUUGGUCAGACAUGUUGCAGGUGAGAGUGAGCAUGAAAAACCCGGACCCUGGAUGGCCUGUGAGAAAGCGUUUGGUAAGGGCUUUGGGCUAGGCACGUGGAGCCAAAUGCGAGCCAAAAGGGCAGUCCCUUCUCCCCCCCCCCCCCAGAAGACUAUAUCCAAGAAGCUGAAAGGGGGAGUGGGUGGAGACCCAGAGGUCAGGCCUGGAGGCCAGAGUGGAGAGGCUGGCCUGCUCUCUCCAACCACAGGGAAAGUUCACCAAGGCAGAGGGCACUUUGAAGGGGAGAAAUAGGCCAGGGGUAGUGUGAGCAUGGGUCACGGAGAACCCUAGCCCCUCUGUCUUGUUUGGCGGAAGAGGCCGCAUCCAAACCGGACCUGAAGACGAGUCUCGUCUACAAAAACGUGAGGGUUGGACACAUGCACACAGCAGUUUAAGGUGUGACAAGGAAAUCACUUUUAAAAGACUGAUAUAUAUUAAUUUAAGAUCGCCAAGGAAUUCAGCUAUGUAAUUCCUUAAUGAAAACUCAAGUCAGCCGUCAACCUUUUAUGGAGUUUAAUUACAAACAGGAGGUAGAAAGGAAUUAGAGAUAGAGAGAGAGAAAGAGAGAGAGAGAAAGGGGAGAGAAGGGAAUAGGGCUUAAAUACCCCUUCUGUUUAGGCUGGGCCAAAAGGCCCAAGCCCUUAGAUAGCUGGGGCAAAGAAAAGAGAUCAGUUCCUAUUACUCACAUGACCAAAAUGGAGAAACAGUCUCAGAGUCCUCACCUUCAGCUUCCUUCAGAGCAAGCUUCUCAGAGCACCUCUCCAACCACUCAGAGCCAAAACUCUCCAACCACCCCCCCCAGUCCUCAGGCCCCCCUAUCUUUAAGGAAACCAUCCAGGUUCCCUCCCCUCAGUUCUCACAUCUACCAAUCACUGUCCAUGUCUUCCCUGUGCCAAUGGUGACUCUAGCUUAACCCAGGACCGCCCAGAGGUCUGUGGCUUUGCACAUGUCUGUUGGAGGUCUUUUUUUUUUUAAACUCUUACCUUCCGUCUUGGAGUCAAUACUGUGUAUUGGCUCCAAGGCAGAAGAGUGGUAAGGGCUAGGCAAUGGGGGUCAAGUGACUUGCCCAGGGUCACACAGCUGGGAAGUGUCUGAGGCCAGAUUGGAACCUAGGACCUCCCGUCUCUAGGACUGGCUCUUAAUCCACUGAGCUACCCAGCACAUUGGCCAUCUCAAAGGGUCGCCAAAGACUCCUCAGGGCGUGGGGCCCCAGAACAAGGGCCAGGGUUGGAGUUAGAAGACUUGAGUUUUAUUCCUUCCGCCUCUUAAUGUUGGGGAAAACUUGGUGAAGUCCAUUCUCCUCUCAGUUUUCCCAUGUAUAAAAUGAGUGAGUCUCUAAUGGCAGUGCCGCUUUAGUGGACAAUUCUGCAAGCAUUAUGAUUAUGCCCAUUUUACAGAUGAGGAAAAUGAGGUUCAGAGGGGUGCCGUGAUGAGCACUGUGCCUUGAACCUAUAGCAGGCGCCUUGUGCCUAUUUGCCCAGUGCUGUGCAGUGAUACCAUUGUAAGGCUCAGGUCGUUGGAACUUGACGUAAUGGCCAAGCUUGGCUCCCAGGAGGAGAUGAGGAGCUUUCUUUGCCUCCCCUCCUUGCACAGCAGAGGGCUGGGGGUGGAAUAUCGCAGGCACUGAGAUGCCUCGGGUCUCUUGGUUGGCUUUGCUCGGGCAAGGAGAAGAGAGGGGAUGCUUCGGAAGGAAAGGGGAUCCAAGAGCCAGAGGUGACAGUAUUUUUCAAAGGAGCCCCAAAUACUUGUUUGUUGAGUUGAACAUUUUUGUAAAAGCCCUCUAGAUAGCGCCGUCAGAGGCAGCUUUGAGCUUGCCUUCUUACCUCAGUUUCCCAAUCCAGAAAACAGGGAUAAGAAUCCUUGUACUUCCUCAUAUCACAGGGCUUUAUAGGCAUCGUGGUGUUCAGAUGAGACAGUACCUGGGAAACCAUUGGUGCCUGCAGGGUGAUACAUCUGGGUGAGUGGCUGACAAGAAGCAGCAGUGAGGGCCUCAGGCCAUGUUCGGCUGGGGAGUGCACCCUCCCUCUCCCUUACUGUUUGGGUGUUGCAGGUCCAACCGUUGGGUCCUUUGCUCCCCAGUAACCAAGCUUCAGUGAUUCUCAGUUGGGGUCCGGGGAGGUGGACUGCCACUGAUCUCUGAAAGCCCUUGCAGCUCUGAGCUCUAACUCAGUGCUCAGGAACGUGGCUCUGGAAGCAAGCAAAGCUGCCAGCAGAUGGACUGUGGGUCAUUUGGCGAGAUGCUCAGCCAGUGCUCUCACUUCCCACGAGCUGGGGGAAUUGAUGCCACCCUUCAGGAAGGCAGGAAUGGAGGCUCUCUCUCGUGGCCUUCUCUCUGCAGAGGCCUUCGUUCUGGACUGUGUGUGGACUAAGCAUGGACAUAGAGUGAAAGGGGCCUUAGAAUGGAGCAUGGAACUGUGGAGGCGUUGGAAUAUGGGGGUGGGUGGGGCUUUGUCUCCUCUGGUGUCAUGGCCCUUUGAGCCGCAGUCUGCUGAGAGCCCUUCCCCAAUGAACAAAGCAGAAUGGGUGUCAAAGGAAGAAAGAUGCCAAGUUCCCAGACUCUGGCAGUCCUAGUGGGACCAGGCUAAACAUUUGGGUUCUAGAGCUAGAAGGGGGCCUUGCCCACAGAAUGUCCCAUCCUAGUGGAGCAGGAAUCCCCAAAAGGGAAAGGAAGAAAGGGGAACCAGCUGCCCUGGGCAGAAAGAAAGGGCAGCCAGGCAGCCAGAAAGCAGCAGGCAGACUCUGCCCAACACAGAACGGACCUUCUUUUCAUCAGUGGGAGAAAGUCCUGGAAUGACAGCCCCUCCCUCCUCCAACAGAUCCUGUUUCUGGACUUAGCACAGCAGGUCCACAGAGUUCGCCUGAGGCACUGGGAAGUUGAAAAAUUGCAGUGACUUGCCCUUGUUCACAUAGCUAGUCCAGGUCAAGGGGCACGAUUUGAACCCAGGUCUUCCUCACUGAGAGGAACAGCCGCCUUCCUUUCAAUCCUGCUGCUAUUUACACACACAUGUAGAACAAGCCUAGUUACAUUUUCCCAGUGGAACCCCACUAAAGUUCUACAAUAAUGGAAGCAUGGCAAAGAGGAUUUUGCCUAGUGGGGAAACCAAGGCCCUUGGCAGGUUCAAGUCAUAGCUCUUUGCCACUUGCUGACUGGGUACGUGACUUCCUUUGGGUAAAGCCUUCUCCUCUCUGGGCUGGUUUCCUCGUCUGCCAACUGAGGGGUUUGGGCAGUCACCUCCGAGGUCCUUUCCAGCCCCAACUCUGGGUCCCAUGAAGAGGACAAGGGACUUGGCCCCCGGGUGACGCCUUGAGUCACAAGCCAGAAUGACUUCAUUUUCCCUCCCGGGGUGCCUGUAAGAUAUAGCACGGCACUGCUGGCCACGACGGCCCUACCAGUUGGGCUGCCAGCCAGAGAGGACCCCAAGCUUGACGACAACUUUCCACUCUGUCCUGAUAAAACUCGGCCUCGAAUCCUCCGUGCAUGGGAUUCUUGCCCUUUCUUGCUGCCGGAGCCAUUCUCCACUUGACAAUUGCAGGAGACCGAGCUCCUGGGCUUGCUUUACAGCCACGUAUUCUCCUGCUUUCCCAGAAAGAGGGUAGCUGCUCCCUUCCCUGCAUCUGGUAGCAGCCCUCCAAUAGCUGGGCCAGGGCCUGCGCCUAUCCCUAUCCCUACUGACGUUUAUGGAACCCUGGCAGCUUUGCAGGAUACUUUGCAAACCCGCAGACGGCGGAGCCUCACUACAGGCUGGAGGGCUCCAUUUGGGGGAUGAGGAAAACUCAGACAAGGAGUCCGGCAGGCCCAGAGGAUCUCCCAGAGGCCUUCCACCUCGGGCAUCCCAUGCCACGUGCAGAGGCAGGGGCCAGUGUAGGGCAGGGUUCCCAGAGCACCCUCAGUGUCUUCUGCACUUCUGCUCAGGGCCCAGGGCUCCACUUCUCUUUUCAGAGUCAGGGUGGGUGGCAACAGCUGAGAUGUGAGGAAAGCCCUGGGCCCUGGGGCCUCCAGGAGGGUGUGGUGGGAGGAACUGGCAGCCCAGCCCAGCCUCUCACUUAGCCGGGAGAUCUUGUCUUGUGGUCACAGCGGGUUCUCCCAGCCAGGCUGAGGAGGACGAAGCAUUUCUUAUCCCAGAAGCAGCAGUGGUGGCAGCAGAAGAGGGACCCUGAUGCUGCCUCCAACUUAGGUCUGGAGAAUAAGAAAACUGCUUCCCACCCUGAGUCGUCAUGGCAACAGCCAGUGAAUGUGUUCCUCUCCUCCAGCCGGCCCCCAGGUGUGGAGGAGCUGUACCAGGAAGCUGAGCUUAAUCUCCAGAGCUUGCUACAAGAAGAAUAUGAGGAGCAGUACUCUGAGGCCAGGAUUUCUGGGCAGACUUUCCGCACUCCAGCCCCAGAUGAGCCCCCGGAGCCCACUAUCAGCCCACGGCCACAGCCUGCCAAGCGCCUGGAGUUUGUGUUGAUGCCCACGAGCCGAAGAGGGAAUGGAGACAAGACCACCACUCAGGGUGUGAGGCCCCCCGAGUCCUCCCUAAGCCUGCCCGCCUCUCCAGACAAGCAAAACACCUGGACCAGACCCUUUCCAUUGCCCAUCCUGGAGGAGAAGAGGUGGCAUCCAUCAUGUUCCACCCAAGGCAGCAUUGUGCCCAUCAAUGUCUCUGGACAGCAGUUUGACAAACACGCGAGUUUGCGACAUUCCUUGUUUAACACAGAGACUGCAGUGAACCCCAAGUCCACCUUGAGGCGACGGCGGACCAUUAUUGGUUUCCCUCAUCUUUCUCUGCGAGACCAAGGUCGGAGCAACGGGCAAAUACACUCUGCCUCUAAAGAGUCCAUGUCCUGGACCACAGCUCCCAGCUGUGGGGGGCUGCCCAGCCAUGAAGCAUGUUCCCCGAAGCUGAUUUCUCCAGCACUGAGAAAGACACCCAGUGAUCUAGGAGAGUCUUGCCCAGCAAAGAGUGGCCCAGCUUCACCCAGCAUGGAGAGCAUGGGGAUGGUGUAUAGUGUCCCCUCUUCCUGCAAUGGUCCAAAGGAUUCCACAUUCUCUCCUCCUCCGUGGAAAGGAAGCUACUUUAAUUACAUGAGCCCAACCAGUCCUGCUCCUGGUGAGAGCAGUCAGGUCAAAGAAAAUGGGAAAUCUCGUCCUCUGGGCAGUUCUCAGGGCUCUCUCGAAGUCCUCAGCCCUGGGAACUUGGAAGGGUUUUCUGGCUCGGUUUUGGCUGCUCAGGGUGAGCAGGCAGGGAGCAGUGGAUCAGCUUGCUGCCCUGAGUCCCUGACUCCAAGAAGCCAAGAGCCAGAGAAAGACUACCGAGGAGGUCCCUUGCCCAGCCCUCAAGGGGGGGAAGGGGAGCCCUCAAGGCUAGAGUCAGACCUAAGUGCCUGUAGAUUCCGGGAGAGGUCACUGUCUGUGCCUACAGACUCGGGCUCUGUGUGCUCAGUGGACGGGGGCUGUGGAGAGGACCAGCAGGGCAGUGAAACUGGCACGCUUGCCUACCCCAGCGCCAGUUCAGAAGGCAGAUCCAGUACCGACAAUGUCUCCUCCCUUGGAGCCGAGCCCAGACCGAGGAGGACCAAGAGUAUCUCCCUCAAGAAGGCCAAAAAGAAGCCUUUGCCGCCAAUGCGCAGUGUCUCCUUGGUCAAAGACGAGGCUGUCCUCCAGCCGGAAGGUGGUCCCAGCCUGCCCAAGGACCAGAGGCCUAGAAGCCUUUGCCUUCCCCUUGAACAUCAGGGACAUCAGUUUCCCCCCACAGAUGCUCAGGGCCACCCAGCUGUGCCUACUCUAAGGGAAACAGAAGGCACACACUUCUCCCACCACUGGUAUCUCACUGACUGGAAGUCUGGCGACCCCUACCGGUCUCUGUCCAGCUCGAGCACUGCCACUGGGACCACAGUGGUUGAGUGUGUGCAAGUGAGAGGGAGCUCAGAGUCUCUGGCUUCCCCUUCCACCUCUAGGGCCACCACACCUUCCCAGCUUUCCACUGAGGCAGAAGCCCGGGAGGCGUCAUCCCCAGGGAGACCAACAGGACUGAUGUCACCUUCCAGUGGCUACUCAAGUCAGUCUGAGACACCAACACCUACUGUUCCCACCACAUCUAUGAUGCUCGGUCACUUACCUCACCCAAGCAGCAGUGGCCGGGUGCGACCAGUGGUCCCAGAGAGGAAGUCAUCCUUGCCACCAAUAUCACCGAUGGAGAAGAGCCCCAAGUCACAGCUGUCAUUUGACCUACCAUUGACCCCUCCAGCCCACCUGGACACAUCGGGGAUAAAGAUCUCCCUCCGGGGCAAAGCCAAGGUGAGCCGGCAUCACUCAGACUCAACCUUCGGAGCAAAGUUGGCCCAGAAGACCAGCCCCAACCAGCCGAUCAUGCCUGUAGUCACCCAGUCUGACCUACGCUCUGUUCGACUGCGAUCAAUCAGCAAAUCAGAGCCAGAAGAUGAUGUUGACAGCCCAGAUCCAACUGAGGAGCCUGGGCCGGAAGUCUUCAUCCUGCCGGAGAGAAAGGUAAAACCUCCAGUGGCUGAAAAACCUCCAGUGGCUGAAAAACCUCCGGUGGCCAAAAGGCCCCAGAACCUGGUUCCCAAGGAGCCUCUGCCAACUUCCCCUGCCUUGCUCCUGACUACUGAGAAUCCGACCAGCCAGGCCAGGCCCUCCCCUCAGGAUAUUUAUAUGGUUGUGCGCAAGCCAAAGGCUCUGAGAACCCCAAAUAGCCAGAGCCCACUGGCAGCACUGCCACCUUCCCUGAACUCCUCCUUGGAAGGCUUCUCCUUAGGGACCCUGGAAGAGGAGCGCCCAAAGAUGAGAUCCGUGCCAGAGAGGGUCAGUGUCCAGACUGCGGCUGAGGUGGAGAAAAGGAGAAGCAAAGUUCCCCCUCCAGUGCCGAAGAAGCCUAGUGUGCUGCACCUGCCCGCGGCCUUGCCCUUACCACAACCAGGGACCAGCCUGGGAGAGCCAAAGCUGACUCCCAGCCCUAUCAUCACCCUGGAUGAAGAGGUCAGCUCUCAGCUGAGCCCUGAUGACUCCCACUCCCCAAACGCCAAGGAGGAAUUCUUUAAACCACCAACUGACAGCGGGACAGAGGCAGGCCUUGCAGGAAGUUUUGCAAGUGACAAGACAGCAGACUCCAUAGCAGAAGAUGAUGACGAUGUAUUUGUAACAGCUCGCACAACCGAAGACUUAUUUACAGUCAUCCACAGGUCCAAAAGGAAGCUGCUUGGCUGGAAGGAGCCUGGUGAGGCCUUUGCCAGUGGCAGACUGAGUUCCCAUUCGACAGCCAAAAACCCAGCUGGCUCACCAUCCAGUGAGGCUGCUACCACCAGUGGUGGUGGCGGCGGCGGCGGUGGCGGUGGCGGCAGCAGCGGUGGUGCCAGUGGCAGUGGCAGUGGCAGUGGCAAUAGAACCACCAGCAGAAAUGAAGACUUCAAGGCUCUACUCCAAAAGAAAGGAAGUAAGAGCAGCACUGGCUCCCGGCCAUCAGCAGCAGAGCUGCUCAAGACCACCAACCCCCUGGCUCGCAGAGUUACCACAGAGUUUGCUGGGGACCAAGACAGCACCAAUGUGCCUGGUACCUAAGCUCCUCUAGGAUGGCUUUGGGGAGGGGAUGGUGAGCUGGAGGGAAAGACUUCUGAAAGGCAACGAUGAAAAAGAUCAAAAUCGACAGAUAAUCCAUCAGUGGUGACAGAAUAGGAACUCCAUCUGGACUUUGUGCACAUCAGGGGCAAAGUCUGGUCAUCUUCAUCUUGAGCUCAAACUCACAAGAAUUUCCAUGAGCUGUGAACAUUCAAGGUUUGAUUAUAAUGGCUCUGUCUUCAUUGACCCCUGAUGACCCCCCUAGUGUUUCUGUCUUUGGGGGAGCUCUCGACCAAGGGCCCGGCCAUUGUGGUGGAGGCCCCCGGGGGGUCUGCGCUAGCUCUUCUCCCACCAGGAUAGCUUCUUGACAUGGAGCAAAGCUACAUGGAUGAGGUUUGCCAGUGUGCCCGUGAGCAGCAGAUGGUGGGACUCCCUCCACUGAUCUGUCCCACUCGAACACUUCCCUCUUUAGUGUGAAGUUACUAGGACUGACUUCUUUUUGGCUCCCAUUUGAAUUCUCCCAAUGGAGCUGGUGGGUUUGAUGAUGCAAAAUCUGGAUGUUGUAGUUUUUGGCCUUCAAUGUCCUCUCUUUUUUGGAUUGCUUUUCUAUACGGAGAUCAGGGUGAUGAGUCCAAACCAAUCUCUAUAUUUUGUUUUUGGCUAAGUCAGCCAAAUAGGGCCAGCAGGUCUAUCUGGGUCACUUUGGAGGUCUGAAGUUUGUCCAAAACAGCAAUCGUCCAUUCAUUCAAAACACCCCCUAAGAGUUAGGAUUUCAGAUGUUCAUCCCCAGUGACAGCAAAGGACAGUGAGGAUCCAUGGCGAAAUCCAGUGGGCGCACUGGGAGUCCCUGCUAAUGCUGCAUCCACUUUCAUUUACACAAAAUGAAAAGAAUAGAGGUGGAAGGAAGGAGGCGAAAGGACAUCACCCUAAGUGAGAAGGAGAGAUCCAUCCACCAUGCCCAACACAAUUCAAUUGCUAUUGUGCUUCUCAAAGGAAAAAAGGCAAGGAUAAGGAAGACACUGCUCGGAAUAAAAAGAGGAGAGGGCCAGUGAACAACACCCUGAACCUAAGGCCAAUCUCCAAUCGCAAGGGAGCAUUCCUAGUUUAGUCAAAUAUGUUUGCUGAUUGGGUUUUGUGCUCCCUUGUUUCCACACUGCUAAGAGACUACAAGUGCUGUCAGCGCCCUCCAGAUUCUCAUAGCCUCGUGCAAAGCCCCGCUGCCUUGCCCUCAUUAUGAACAGGUCUGUUUCUGGUUGGUGAUGACCAGUAGUGAAAUGGAGAAUGGGCAGCUAGGCAUGUAGCUCGGAAAGAACAAGAAGGAGACAAGGACAAGAAGCAUCAGCUAAAGAAUGAUCUACAAUGAGGUGCGUAUCACCUUCCCACAGAAAAUCAUUCAACAAAAGUCUUAGAAGCCUCAAAGGCCUUGCAUGAGUCGCAACAUUCCUGCUGUUCCAUCUGUCGCAGAUGAACAGGCUACAGCACCCAUGGGAGCUCAAGUCUGAUGGGUAUUUGGACUUGAGGGUCCCAUGUGGUACCAGAACUGCAUACAUUGGAUCCCCCACCUGUGGGGCACUUGCCUGCUGCCAAGAGCACUGUGCUGUCACUGAACAAAAGGAAGCUCCCCACUGGGGGAGAACUAAGCCCAUUCCCCCAUAAAGGCCUAAAGGCCUUGGUUACACAAGCUACCCUCACUGCCACCCUGUUGUAUGGAGGGAGAGGCCAGGCCUGUCUCCCUUCACCUCAGCCAAGGGGAAGGGAGCAUAGCUGGUUCUGGCUUGGUAGAUGAUAGCAGGCACACCACAAAGCUAUUUGUUGCUUGAUGAAGGUGGAGCCAGUGACUGCUGCCCCAAAACAAAGAGCCCCUAGGCCGCUUUGGCCCCUGAGGUUUGUUCAGCCAUUAGUAAUUGGAGAAAACUGGCUGUGGGUUUGGCUUCUUUCUUUCUCCAGCACAAACUGUGGGCCUGCCUGUGUCCUUGGGCCAACUGGUGGGCACUUAAGCCACAUAUACUUGGAUCAACAUUCCCUCAGACAUCCUGGGCUAGGAGGCAGGUUUCGUGCCCACCUCUCGAAUCUGUUUCAUAAUUGGGAACAGUCUCUGCACCAUUAGCUCAUGAGGCCCUCAGAGCAGUCCUGGGAGGAAGGUUAGGGCAAAUGUGAUUACCCCCAAUUUUAAAGAGGAGAAAAUCAGAGAGGAUCACCAAAAGGUAGAGCUGGAGCUGGGGCCUGAAUCACAGCUAGGAGAUGGUGACCCCAGCAGGCCCACAUCUGGAGGAAGAGUUGGGCCAUGCCUCCUCCCUUUGGGACUGCUGUCUCUGAGCUUUGUGCUGGGGUCCUCUGCAGCCCACACUGCAUUGUCCUCAGGGGACCAUCACCAUGGCACCCUCCUCUCAGGGCCUCUCUUCCUCCAUUAGUGGCCCAGGGUGUGCUGAGGCCCAACCCCUCCUUGGCCAAAAGGGCCACACCCAUGGAUGGAUUGUACACUGCAUCGACCACCGUGCCCAUCCCCAACCCUGCUCAACUGACUUUGUCCUCAUUGAUGCUCUGCUCAUGUACCAUAUUCCUCCUGCCCCAAAGGCUUUUUGUCGUGUGGUUUGAACACAAUUUUUGAGCAUCAACAUGUUCAGGGAAGCAUUCGUGUGUACCCAAUUGUUUAUGGCCUUGUACUACAUUGUGGAAAUCCAUGUAUGAGCUUGUAUGCUAAAGCAGUGUUGAUAUGAUUGUACCCAUUGUUCUAAGCCUGUCUCUUUGUACCCCACCCCUUAUAAAUUAAUUAGUCAAUGGAAAGACGCACUCAUGGGCAAUGGUCUGGGCUCUCAGAUUUCCUUCUGCCAUGGUAGGCUUUGCCCUCCCAUCCGUGGCAGUGAGAAGUGGGUGGUGUGGUCCAGAGAACCCUGCGGUUGCCAUCUGAGAUGAUCCAUGUGAGCUCAGCAUAGCCUUAAGGGUCUCCAAGGUCUCUUCCAGCUCUAACCAUUCUGGGAGCCAGUCCUGGCCUUGAUGUGCUUCUCCUCCAUGUGACACUCAGUGAUGGAUUAAGCAAAGGCUUUUUGUCCUUGUUACCAGUUCGUUGUGUUGCCUCUGAUUCUGUGUUAGUGAGCCUGCAGUCAGAUCAGGAAAUGUUGUUUGAUUCAUUAAGAGUGGUGGGCCAGGCAGUCACCAAUCCCAAGCCGGUGAGGUGAAUAACAAGCCCAUUGGAUAAACAUUUCUUAUGCACCUUCCAUGUGCAAUGCACUGCCCAGGCAUUGGAGCUAGAAAGACAGAAGGCAAAAUAAAGGUCCUUGCUUCAUGGAGUUCCCAUUUUAUUGGCUAGGGUCCACCAAUCAAGUAUAGGGAAGAGAGGAUUAACUCUGGUUGGAGUCAAAGGGCCUGAGUUCAGAUCCUGCCUCUGAUACUUAACUAGCAAGUCACCCCUAAGGCCCUGUGUCCUCAUCUAUCCACUGAGGGGAUUGGCCUAGAUGACCCUUCUGGUCCUGACCAGCUCCGAUCAUAGGAAGUUGAGAGAUUUAAUGAAUGUUCUUUUCUCCAUACUAAGGAGGAGUAGUUGGAAUUUGGGAAAGCCUCAGCUCCUGUUUGCCUGCUUCCCCCCCACCCCCAACCCCCUGCCCUUUCCCAAGAAGAUCAGGACUCUCAUGCUGUCCCCCUUCAUCCUUAGCAAAACCUUCUCUGGAGAAAGGAUUGCUCCGGUAACACCCUCUAUUUGUUAAGAUCAUUUCUCUGGGGGAAUUCUCAGCACUGGUACCCCAAAGACAGGAAGCAGGUAUUACUGUUCAUAUUGUCAUUAAUGAUGUGGAAAGACCGUCCCCAUUGGAUUUGCACACCAAAAGCAUUUAGAGAGUUUAUGAUGUGUCCUAGGUGAGCAAGGUGGAAUGGUCCCAUUGCCAGCCACACCUCCUUUAGCUGGAGCAACCCCAGUCUUUCUAUAUCUUGCCUGGAUGUAGCGAGCUGAUGCUGGCAAAGGCGUUUUGUCUCAAAGACGAGGGGCACCUUGGCAACGUUUUCUUUGAACAUCAAAAUCCGUGAGACAUAGAAAGGCUUACCAGAGAGAGGAGAAGAGGGGAAGGAGGGGAUUUUAGUUUUAUUUGACUUUUGAGGAACAACGUAAAUGGUGCCAGCAGCAGCCAGAGAGUUUGUGAUAAAUUCCCCAGGCCCAGACUGAUCAAAAUCACCACACGGUCAUCAGUCCAAGUACAGGACAGAUACCAACCUCUCUGUGCCUCAUUAGACCUAGGUGGUCUUCUAUGAGUUUCUGAGACCAAAAAGCUGCAUUUCUCUCCCCUACCCACAAGCCCCCCUUUUCUUGCUGAAUCGUUGUCCUUUACAGGAAACACAUAGCACAUGCCCAGACCUGAUCCUUUUCUAGCUUGUUUGGGCCCCACUAACACAGCCUUCAACAACCCAGAGGCAGCUGCAAACCACCAUGAGGCUUCAUUCAAAGACUUUAGCAUAUACACUGCCUCAAAUGUGCAGAUUCCUUCCCUCCAAUGGAUCAAUGAUCUUCCAGCCAUGGGGCUUCCAUCCAGCCCUUUCGAUCAUGGCUCCUCCAUGCCUGCCUAUUCUGUGCCCUCCCACGAAGUUCACUUUACAGUAUCCUAGGGGCCAAGCCAAGGGUAAACGCCUGAUCAGUGGCGCUUGUGAAUACCAUUUACAAAAUAUGAGCACGGUGCUGCUGAAGAACUUCGAAGAGCUAGGCCGGGCUUUAGUCUUUAGGCUCUUCACCCCAAGAACAGAAUGCCCCGAGGUGGAUAUAGGAAGCCUAGAGUUAAGCAGCUUUUCUGAGCAGGAGCCCAUUUUCCUGCCCGAAGCAGGAAUGGCUAAGGGGGAGGAUGAACUGGGGAACACUAAUACUUUAGCCAAGGGCAGAGAAAAGGGGGAUUCAAAUGGCUCCCAAUAGCCCUUCUUCAGGGUCCAAGUCUUAAGGUGCUGGUAGUCUAUGGAGUGAGCCCUUCGGCUUUAAGCAUUCCAGUUAGGCUGAGAUUAUUUACAGAUACUUGGCACAGGAAGGCGGUCGUUGGAGCUGGAUUUGCCCCUCAGAUGUGCUUAAAUCAAACGAAUUCUUGGUUUGCAGUAAAAGCUUUUAUAACUGAUGGAAACGAUAGCUCCCUCAGCCCUUUGCACUUCCUUCACCAGGCUGAUCUGUAGGUCUGAAGUAUUAACCAAAACCCACUUCGAAUCUCUUCAUCAGAAUUAUGAGGCAAGAUAGCAGGUUACUUCACAUAGUGAUAGCCUUCCUGCCAACAACUGGAUGCCAAGGGAGCUGCCUCCUCUUUGGGCCACAGUGCGCUAGUAUCUUUUCCCCUAUCCCUCCAUGAAUGGCUCCAGAUGUCAAAAUUGCUAGCCACAACUCUAGAACAGUGUCACAUGAGAAGCAGUCGAAGCACCAGAGUGCUUCCUGUCAGAUGGGAUGCGGUCACUGCCGUCGCAUUCCUAGAGAGGCAUGAGGAGAUGAACUUUGUUUAGUUCCUGGGGCAGAGCUAGGAGUAGUGGGGGGAAGGUACUCGAGAGCAGAUUGUGACUCUGGAGAGCAUAAAGAAGGACUUCCUAGAUUAGGGAGCAUUCUAGCAGAGGCUAUUGGGCCAUGUUGUCGUCAGAAGUGUCAGCUAGGGAAUUCCUGAAGAGGGCAGAUAAUUGGACUAGACAACGUCACCAGAGCUGUCUUAAGCCAUCAAUCAAUUGCCCAAAUGUUCAGCAUCGUCUCUGCUAUUAAGUCAACGAGAUCAGAACACACAGAUGCCACGACUUGUCCGUUUCUCCGGUCUGGUCAGGCUCUCUGGCUGUGUGUUGCUACAUCGAAGGAAGCACAAGCCUAGGAGAAGAAAACGUCUGUUGACACUGCCAAAGAUCAUGGAGCUCAAUUGGACCUCCUUGUCUCACAGAUGAGGAAACUGAGGUAGAACGAUUUUCCAGGGCCUCCUUGAAAUAGUGUCAGCCUGUUUGAGAGUGAACAUCUUUGCACCGGUCUCUUCAUUUGGAUGCCUAAUCCUGGGGCAAAAGUAGAUUUGAUUGCAACCUUCUGCCUUAGUUAAAGCAAUUGUCAAAUGGUCAAAUUCAAUAGCAACCUUGGUUUGGGUUUAGUAAUUCAGUAGACAUGUCCGUCCUUCUGCUGGGCAAGGCCCCAGGCUAGGUACUGGGAUACAAAGACCAGAAGGAAGGCAGGUCUCUUGCAUUCUGCUUGGCUCAGUCAUUCCAGUGGACACUGGCUGGGGCUUGGCCACACUCUGGAUAGUGGACUUCUUAGUCCCAUUGGUUUCCGGUCUCGAAGCCCGUCAAAUGGCAGGCAUGCAUUGUGCUCACUUUUACUCAUAAUCCCAAGCUUAUAUUGACCAUGUGGUAGUGAAUGUAAACUGUUCGUGUUUCCUGAUCAAUUUGACAUUAUCAACUGUCUAAUCCUGUUUCCUCUGGCUGAUAGUAAAAGUGCUAUUCUCUUUU